AUGGCUGGGAUGCAUAAGUCUGAAAGGAGAAGCCGCCUCAUCCUCGUGAAUUUCUGCCUUUCACAGAGUGCUACCGGUGAGACAGCAACUCUGGUUAAAGUUCUUUCGGAGGCUGCUCUUACCAGCACCACAUCUGUGCAAGACUGUGCCAUGGGAAGUGGGUACUACAGCCUUGUGGCCACCGCGCUGCUGGUCAUGAACUUUGACAGGACGAGGUCCACGCGGGAUUCCUGUAGCGACUGUCCAGCUGGUACUUUCUGUGGGAAAGACAAGAGUCAGAUGUGUGUUCCCUGCCCUUCAAACAGCUUCUCCGGCACCAGCGGACAAAAGGCCUGUGACAUCUGCAGACUGUGUGAAGGUGUUUUCAGGACCAAGAAGCUCUGCUCCCCCACCAGCAACACCGAGUGUGAGUGCGUCUUGGGGUUCCACUGCCGGGGGCCCGGGUGCGCCAUGUGUGAGCAGGACUGUACACGAGGCCAAGAAUUAACCAAAGACGGUUGUAAGGACUGCAGCUCGGGAACAUUCAAUGAUGGGAAGUUCGGCACCUGCCAGCCCUGGACAGACUGUUCUCUGGACGGAAAGACUGUACUUGUCAAUGGGACGAAGGACAGUGACGUGGUGUGUGCACCAGCCCUGGCUGACAUCUCCUCAGGCCACCCCUCCCAGGUCAGCCUGCUCCUCCUCGUGCUGGCGGUGACGGCGGCGCUGUCCCUGUUGCUCCUCCUCAUGCUCCGCUUCUCUGCGGUCCAACGGGGCCGGAGGAAACUCCUGUACAUACUCAAGCAACCAUUUAUGAAACCAGUGCAAACUGCCCAAGAGGAAGAUGCCUACAGCUGCGGAUUUCCGGAGGAAGAAGAGGGAGAAGAAUGCAAACUGUGAAUGGAAAUCCCGGAACUGCUGGGGCUCUUGCAAGAAGAAUUGAAGGAGCAACAGGAGGACCCAUGACUGUGGCUUUUCUGUAUUGAAAAACGCAGUCCUGGACAAUACCCAGGAUUACCCACAUUUCUUCUAUAGUGUUUACUUUAUUUUAUUAUUUGUCUCAAUUCACUGAUUUUAGAGAGAGGGAGAGGGAGAGAAAGCUCAAUCUGCUGUUUCACUUCCUUAUGCAUUCCUUGGUUGGUUUUCAUAUGUGCCCUGACCACGGAUUGAACCCUUAACCUUGGCUCAUUGGGAAAACACUCUAACCAAUCGAGCUACCCUGCCAGGACCAAGUUUCUUCUAAAUGCUAGUGAGUCAGCCUUUAAAAAUACAUUGCUUUUGACAGAACAAGGAUGGGAGGGAACUGGUAGUAAAGGGGCAUUUUCUAGAUAGUACUUGACAGAUCUGGGCUAGUUUUUGUGAGUUUCAAAGAGAAUUAUAUUUUAAAUUUAAUCAUGAGGACACAUGGCCCAGCCGAUAUCAUCCAGGGCGAGUGUGUGUGUGUUCACAGGACACUCGACAGCAGGCUAUAAGAUGCAGGAAACAGCCCCAACCGAAUGUCCUUUUGGCUCUGUCCCUCCCCACAAUGGCCUUCUCCACUGCUGCGGGCACAGGGGGAGUGCCGGAGUUGGGGAGGGUUCUGGGAAGAGUUCCGAUGUCCCAGCGUGCCCUGGGGUCCCCGCCAUCGUCACACCCUCUGCCUCGCUUCUGCUCCCCUCUGAGCCAGGGCUUACAUUUUUUUUUAUUCUUAAAUGCUUAAAAAUACUAUUUCCUGCCCCCAAACUGAUACAUGAAACAGGAAUGAAACACAUUCCCUGAAUGAAGACCCAUGAGCCCAACCGGAGAGCCGGAGCAGGGGCGCCACACUCCCGGGGCCACCUGCCUUCGCUGGGCUCCGGAGUGAGGAAUAGUUUCUGUGUGGUUUUUACAACCAAGAGAAGGGCAAUAUCUCACGACAUGUAAAAUUAUAUGAGACUCACAUUUCAGAGUCUGUAAAUAAAGUUUUAUUGGGACACACAGCCACACCCCUUACUUAUGUCUAAGGCAACCUUUGAGACACAACAGCAGAGCUGAAUGAUUGUGACAAGGGACUCUGUGGCCUGCCAAGCCUAAAAUAUUUACGAUCUGACCUUUUCUAGGGUCAAAGUCAAGGUCAGAGCAUCCGCCUGUGUGCUGCUUCUCUCCCUCAUCUCCUGCCUACCUUCCCACCCACCCCCACGCAACCUCUCUCAGGAAGGUGGGGUUUAUCACCCUGGCUUUUAAAAAGAUCAUUUAUUAUUAUUAUUAUUAUACACUUAAACUAUUUUAUUUAGUUGUGUUUGUUUUUGAGAUUCCUGAAAAUGAUAUUGUGCUGUGUGGGGACCUCAGUGACUUUGCUUAAAGACUUAAAAUUAUAUUUAUAAGACUCACUCAUGUGGUGGUGUGCAGCUACAAGGCAUUUGUCUUGACUGCUUCAUAAUUUUGCAAGUAAAUUAUGAAUUAUCCAUCCAUUUCCUACCACAGGACAGGCAGGCAGUUUCCAGGGCUGUGUGCCUGAGAACCAUGCUGCUGAGACUGUUCUUUACCUGCGUCCUGUGCCAGAUGGCCUCUGGGAAACUUCCUUGGGGUUAAAUUUCUGGUUAAAUGUACAACUUAUUUCUUAUAUGGUUAAUAUUGUUUUUUGUUUCCUGUUUGAAGAAACCCUUCCCUGCCCCAAUGUCAUGAAGAUAUUUCUUCAUAUUUUAUCCUAAGAGACUUGAGUUUUGUCUUUCGUGUUUAAGUCUGAUCCAUCAGGAGUGCUUACUGUUGCGAGGUCAUGAUCUGAUCUUGAGGGUUGCGGAUGGACAGCCGUGGUCCAUUCCCAUUCAUGCACUCAUUCCCUGGGCCGUCUUCCCCCAGGGGUCUGCUGUACUGUCUGUCAACCAACCAGGUGCCACAGACCUAAGCCUGGGCUUCCGUCCCAUUGGCUUGGGACAGGUGCAUUGGCUUGCACCGUCUUUGUUACAGUAGCUUUAGAACAGCUCUUGACGUCUGAUAGAGUAGGUCUCUAAUUUAAUGCCCUUCAAUAAAGUGUUACAAAGUUUCUCCAGAAUUUGUGUGGGUUUUUGGGGUUUUUUUGGUUAGGCUUCUUUGCAUACUACAUUGUUGCUUUUUAGAUGGUUCGGUUUGUUGUUGGAGGGUAGAGAUGUUAUGAUUUGCUUA